AUGUUUUGUUUUGCUUUUUUUUUUUGCUGUUUUUUUAUCAACGUAUUGUUUAUGUUUAUACCUUCGCAUAGUAAGUGGUCGAAAUCAGAAGCGAAUGGACCAUCUCCCUUGGAGAUUAUUAUUUGUAUUUAUCUUUUAAAUCACACCAUCUAAUUUCAAUUGCAUCUCAUGUGCGAACUAGAAUUAAAAAAUAUAGGAAUAAAUAAAGUUGUAUUUACGUAAAAAUUAAAUAUAUUAUUUGUAAACAAUAAGCUCGUUCAAAAAUAUGAGUGGAAAUGUGCAGCAUGUGCUCUUUGUCGUAGCAUUUUUGAUGUUAUUGCAAAAGUCCAGUUAUGAAUACAAACGGUACUCCUUUGCUGUAAAAUGGGAUGAAAGAAUAUCUGAAAGAACUAGAAGAUUUCUGUUGUUCUAUUAUUUUUCUGAUGGUGCUGUUGAAAUGCAUGACAUGGGUACCAACCGAUUAUUCUUGAAACGCACAAAAAUCAAUGCCAUAACACUAGAUCAGAUGCAUAUUGGUGCUGUGUUAAACAUCUUCAACAGACAUAUGGUGAUAACUGAUUUUGGUGAUGAGUACACCAGAAAUAAAUUGGCUCAUAUGAAUGAGAGAACUUUUGCCAUGUUGAAGCCGAGUGUGAUGGAUCGCAUUGGAGAGAUACUGAAUUUCAUCAGAGACCACAACUAUCGUAUAGCAAGGUUGAAAAUGGUCUCGUUGCGUGAAAGUGACAUAAAUAUUCUUUAUGAAGAACAUCUUGGAAAAUCAUUCAUGGGGGUGCUGUCUGACUACCUGACCUCGGGACCGAGCCUGGGGAUGGAGCUGGUCGGUGACCAGGCGGUGUGUCGCUGGCGAGAACUGAUGGGUCCGACCGAACCGAGAGUGGCGCUAGAGGAGUCUCCGAGCUCGCUGAGGGCUCUGUAUGGAAUUGAUAUUACUCGCAAUGGCUUUCAUGGCUCGGCAACCAAAGAAGAUGCUAAAAGGGAACUGGACAUCAUCUUCUCCUCGGAAACACACAAAACUAAAACUGUUCCUGUCACUUCAGCGUUGUUGGAGGGGACCACCCUGUGCCUUAUCAAGCCGCACGCCAUCAGAGCAGGUUUACUUGGUGAUAUUGUUCAAGACAUUGAAAGGAAUGGGUUCAAAGUGACGGCUAUGGAGAUGUUCUCACUCACAGUAGAAAGUGCAGAAGAACUGUACAUACUUUACAAGGGAAUCACAAAUGAAUAUAGAGAGAUGGUAAAUGAAGUGCUGAUGGGACCGUGUGUUGCGGUGGAAGUAAUGAGGCCGGAAGGGGACACUUGGGCCAGGUUCAGAGAAUAUGUUGGUCCAAAGGACCCGGAACAUGCCAAAGUUGUAAAACCAAAUUCUCUGCGUGCCAAAUUUGGAGUUGAUGCCAUCCACAAUGCAGUUUAUACAACUGAUUUAGAAGAAAGCAGCAAAGAUGAUGUAUUAUAUUUCUUCAGUAUUCUUCAGCAUUGUGAAUUGUGAAGGCACUCACUCAUCUGUAUUUAUUUUUAUUUUAUUUAUCUACCUCAUUUUAGUAAUAAAGUAUGCACAAAUUUAAUAUUCAACAUUAUUUACCUAAGUUCAUAAAGUGCACUGCUGUCAUUAUAGCAUUUAACUUAAAACAUGUAUGUGCAAAUAUAUUUUACAAUAAAUUCAUUACUGCAGAAAAAAGAUAAUUUUGAGUACCUAAGUAAAUGUGACAAAAUCUGUUACUGUAAGACUCCGCAUUAUAUUUUCAUCCUACUUGCUAUGAACACCACUGUGUAUGUUUCUGCACCCAUACAAUUCCUUGUGUGAGUCCCGCCAUGGCAAAGUAUUGACGUCGUCCGGGCCUGCGGCCCCCUUUGAGCCCGAUAUACCACUGCCCAAACACCACCAUCUGUUCAAACCUCCCGCUUGUGUGUGCGUGUGUGCGUGUGUUGCUAGCCCGGCAAGAGGGCACUUAGCUGCAGUGCGCCGCACCCCUAAUUGGUAUUAAUAAAUAACGUAAUCCUUUUCUUUUCGCCCCAAAAUAGUGUCACGACGGCUAUGCAUGUGAGUGUCUGUUAUUUAACUAAAUCAUGAUGUUUUGUAAUUUAAUAAGUGCAAGCACGAACAAGGACGCUCCCUAGCGGGCGGCGGAGGAACUAGCACGUAACUGGAUUUAAACUGUUUUCUAUCAUAUAAGGAUAUAAGUAAUUAUUACAGACGGUCUGGGUAUGGAUGUGAUGUACUUAUUUUUGUAAAAGGAUUUAUGUUAUUUUUCAAUAAUAACCCGGGGCACGCCAUA